AUGAAGCUGGGCGCCUUUGACUCAGUUCACAUCGGAGCCCCCUGCUUGUUAGAAGCUCUGUACCGGAAAGAGAGCGCUUACCCCCAGAGGCUGGAGAUCAAGCCCUGGAAAGUUUACCGGGACUACAGAGACGAGGGCUACGGGCUCCUGAUCCUAGAAGGAAAGGACUGGCAGAGAGUAAGAAGUGCCUUUCAAAAGAAGUUAAUGAAGCCCACAGAAAUCCUGAAACUGGAUACCACAGUCAAUGAGGUCCUGGUGGAUUUCAUGCAUAGAAUAGAUGAUCUUUGUAACCACAAUGGUGAAAUUGAAGACAUAUAUUCAGAAUUCAACAAAUGGUCCUUUGAAAGUAUCUGCUUGGUGUUGUAUGGGAAGAGGUUUGGACUCCUGCAGCGGGAUGUGGGAGAAGAAGGCCUGAACUUCAUCAAGGCUGUAAAAACGAUGAUGGGUACUUUCGGGAUGAUGAUGGUGACCCCAGUUGAACUUCAUAAAAGUCUGAACACAAGAGUCUGGCAAGCUCAUACUAACGCAUGGGACAAUAUUUUUAAAACAGCCAAGUGUUUGAUUGACAGCAGACUGGAGAAAUAUUCUGCCAAUCCCCGUGAAGAUUUCCUGUGCGACAUUUACUUUGGGAGUCAACUCUCCAAGAAGGAACUGUAUGCUGCUAUCACAGAGUUCCAGAUUGCAGGAGUUGAAACGACUGCCAAUAGUCUACUGUGGGCUCUGUAUAACAUUUCACGCAAUCCCCACGUUCAACAGAAGCUUUUCCAGGAAAUACAGAGUGUAGUGUCUGCUAAUGAGAGUCCAGAUGCUGAGGACCUGAAGAAAAUGCCUUACCUAAAAGCGUGUCUGAAAGAAUCUAUGAGGAUAACACCAUCUGUGCCAUUUACCACUCGCACUCUUGACAAAGAAACAAUGCUUGAGGACUAUGUGCUACCUGAAGGAACAGUGUUGAUGUUAAACAGUCAUGCCUUGGGAUCCAAUGAGGAGUACUUUAGUGACUGGACUACAUUUAAACCGGAGCGUUGGCUUCAGAAGAAUAUAAUAAAUCCUUUUGCUCAUAUUCCUUUUGGCAUUGGGAGGAGGAUGUGCAUUGGGCGUCGCUUAGCUGAAUUACAACUUCAUUUAGCUCUUUGCUGGCUUGUUCGCAAAUAUCAGAUUAUAGCAACUGAUAGUAAACCAGUAGAAGCUCUGCAUUCAGGAAUACUAAUCCCCAGCCGAGAACUUCCAGUUGCCUUUAGAAGACGAUGAGGUAAAGUGGAUAAGUGCCUUUGGAACACGGUGGACUCCAUUCUGCUCUAUGUAGUAGUAAUGCCACUUCGAAAUUCAGUGGGGCUGUUCAGGCAGAGCAGAUUUUGGUCUGUACAAUCUAACAUUGUUGCAUGAAGAUUCAUAUUUCUUAGAGGACACUAUGCUUCACUGCCUUUAAAUAACUCUUGUAAACUGCAAAAGAAGCUAGGAAUUGCAUAAUAGGUUGAUAUAGCUUUCUAGCCUUUGAUUGUAUUAAGUACAAUGGGGGGGCCACAACAGUCUGCUUCUGUCCUCCAGACAGAUAGCGAAAACCCACCUGUUUUUCCCCCCAGUUAUAUCAUUCAUUAGCUGGAAUCCAGUAGAUGGUUUUCUUCUGCAUUUCAAGAAGGCAUUAUCCUGAAAAUAGCAUUAGAUUUUUCCAAGGUACUAAAUCAGAGUGUUGGUCCAUCUAGUUUUACCAAUGGCAAACAACUGAUCCUGACGAUAAAGGAAAAACACACCAAGAAGCUUGAUCUUCACUUGCAUUAUUAACAAAGGUUGGCCAGUCCAGGAGCCUGGAUUCAAAUUAGAGCUUGGAGUUCAGAUUCAAGGUCAAAUAAGGCUAUGCUUUGAUUCUGAUGAUGCCAAAGUAUCAUGAAUUGAUGUGAGACUUCAGCUCCAAAUAGCCAUGAUACUAUAAAAUCAGCUGUACGCAGGCCUGCUUUAGCUUGUACUAAAGCCAAAUGUAAAUUGGAAAAUCAGGUUUCUUGUGGAUUUAGAUCUGAGCCAGAACCAAGCCCUCAAAAUAGCAUUUAAGUGGAACUUAAAUGGCAUAUAGGCUGUUUACUAGUCUAUUAGACAAGAGAAAAAUUCACCCUAUGUGAAUUAAGUAGGGAUAUUAACCAUACUCUAAGCUCUGCUUAACGUAUACUUAGAUUGUACAGAACUGAUCAUUACAUGAAUGGAUUCUCUGUUUAUCCAGA